AUGGCUCUGCGAAUUCUCUCUGUCCUCUAUUUCAUGACAGUUUGGGGGUUUUCUCCAUCGAUGGUGGCGGAAAGGUUUGGCAGUCAGUGUGGUCAGUUGGAACACCAGUUCUUCAGUGCUGAAAACAUGGUCCUCAAGAACUUUGUGUACAAGAACAAAACUGUGGCCAAUCAUGUCAUCUGUGGACGAGAUUGCAGUCUGGAGAAAGACUGUAAGUCUUUCAACUUCUACAAAUGUAGAGGGUUUUGUGAGUUGAACAAUUCUACAAGGAAGGAGCACACUGAAGACUUUGUUGAAGAUCAAGAAUAUAUGUACUUUGACAUGGAUGAGGGCACACCUAUUCGUUCCAUCGUUGAUAAAACAUUUGAAUGCUUCAAAAGUUGUCAGGGAGGGAUUGAGAAAAGUGGAUAUUACACCAUCUGCCCUGAUGGGUUGGUGAACUGUCAGCAGAUUUACUGUGAAAUGGAAACAUCCUCUGUGAAGUCCACAUCUGACCAAACCACUCAACCUUCAACCACUAAGACAACAAAUCAACCCAAAACCACUGAGACAACAACUCGACCCACAUCCACUGAGCCAACAACUCGACCCCCAUCAACUGAGACCACAACUCGACCCUCAACCACUGAGACAACAACCCCCUUCGUUUCAACUCCAAGCCCCCUGCCGAAACUCAAAGACUGUAAGGCAUUUCAAUCUGGUGGUUACACUGAGAGUGGUGUAUACACAAUCUACCCAAAGGGUACCAGUGCACCUGGUAUGAAGGUGUACUGUGACAUGAAGACUGAUGGUGGAGGAUGGAUUGUAUUUCAGAAGAGAAUUGAUGGCACUCUAGACUUUUAUAAAAGCUGGACUGAAUACCAGACUGGCUUCGGUGACCCAUCAAGAGAGUUCUGGCUUGGCAAUGAUAACUUAGUCACACUGACUUCAGCAGGUUAUACAAAUCUACGGGUAGAUGCUGAAUCAUGGGCAGGUUCUAAUGGAUAUGCAAAGUAUAGUGGAGUAAGCAUUUCUGGUAGUAAUUACCAAUUCAGUUACGAUAAUUAUGACGGUGGCCAAGCAGACUCCAUGGGUGAUAGCAAUAAGAAAGAUUUCACAACAAAGGGUAGAGACAAUGAUGACUAUGACAGUGGGAAUUGUGCAGACACAGCUAAUGGAGCCUGGUGGUUCGGAGACUGCACAGUGAAGUCUCACUUAAAUGGUGAAUAUGGGCAGAGCUACCCUACCAGACGAGGCAUCCGGUGGAAUGAAUGGAUAAAGGAUAAACCAAUCAAGUCAUGCAGUAUGAAGUUAAGAUAA